AUGAGCGGCUCUUUCGACAAGAAGCUUUCCAGCAUCCUCACCGACCUCUCGGGCUCGCUGAGCUGCCAUGCCGCCUCCAAGGACUCUCCCACCUUACCGGAGUCCUCCGUCACCGAUCUGGGCUACUACACCAGCCAGCACGACUACUACUCGGGCCAGUCCUACAGCCAGCCCGUGAGCCACUACCCCUACCACCAGUUUAACCUCAACGGCAUCGGCGCCGCCGGCACUUACUCGCCCAAAUCCGACUAUUCCUACAGCCCUUCCUACCGCCAGUACAGCCACUUCAGGGACCAGCAGCUCCCAGCCCAAGAAGCAGUGGCGGUGAAGGAGGAGCCGGAGCCGGAGGUACGGAUGGUCAACGGGAAACCCAAGAAGAUCCGCAAGCCCCGCACCAUCUACUCCAGUUACCAGCUGGCGGCUCUGCAACGCCGCUUCCAGAAAGCCCAGUACCUGGCGCUGCCCGAACGGGCCGAACUGGCCGCCCAGCUGGGGCUCACCCAGACCCAGGUGAAGAUCUGGUUCCAGAACCGCCGCUCCAAGUUCAAGAAGCUGUACAAGAACGGCGAAGUGCCGCUGGAGCACAGCCCCAACAACAGCGACUCCAUGGCCUGCAACUCCCCUCCUUCCCCGGCCGUCUGGGACAGUAACUCGCACGGCAGCGCGCCGGGCAGGACCCCGCUCCCGCAGCCGCUUCCCUACAGCUCUUCCCCCGGCUUUUUGGAGGAGCACAACCCCUGGUAUCACCCCCAGAGCCUCAGUGGACCCCACGGACCCCACCAGCCCUCGGCCACCACGAUGCAUCACACCUCCCCGGGGCCUCCCCCCAACCCCGGCGCAGUCUAUUAA